AUGUUUAUCUUCAUCAAACAUGGAGAUAACCAAGAGUUUCUGGUCAACAGCAACUGCUCUGUUCUCCUGUUGCUACAUUACAUUAGAAAGAAAAUGGGGUUGCGUAAAACAGACACCAUCGAUUUGUGUGAUGAAACUGGGACCAUGAAGUUACUUUUCUUAACAAAGACACCUGGGGACUACGCCAGCAAAUUCCUUUCAGCACGAAAUACCUACUACGUUUGUAAAGUAGAGCGUGGAGCUGCAGGCACCAGGAUCGAGAAUUCCUACAAAGCUGUUGUGCCCCUCUUGAAGAAUCCAGAACCUGAACUAGUUGAGUCCCUGCGCACACAAUGUGACUUCCUGGAGAGAAGCCGAAUAAAGAUGCUUAGAACUCUAGAGGCUAAGAGAUUGGCAGCCAUGGAAUCCUCCGUAAAUCUUCCAGCAAGAUCCCCCAAGGGUGGUGGAACCCAGCAGAGCGCUAGUCAAAGCAGUCAACAGAAGUCUAAAGCUGGACGAUCAGAUGAAGAUGGGCCAGCUCCCACCCGCAGACCAUUCUAUAAGACUAGAGCAGACUUUCUCAAGAGACAUCGUUAACUCAAUAAAUGACCAACUGAGAGCAGCAACUACCAGGGGAGAGCAUGAAAUUAGUGGAAUUUUAUGUGAGGCCUUCUUUUUCUAGAAAGACUCCUUCUCCCCAUAUCUGCACAAAGGCUUCAGUAGGCACCAGGGACGCUGAGGGUGGACCUGAGCGACAACAGAGGGCUGGAGUGAACACUUGUGGGGUGGGGGGUGAGGAAUGACUGUGAAGUCUGGUUACUAGACUUUUAGUACA